GGGGGGGAGAGAGAGCAGGGCUCGUGAGCCACACCCUCCAUCACUGACUGCGCAGGGGGGGCUCUCUCUCUGCACAGAAUCAACGACAGAAACCGCCCCUCCAGGUCCCCAUCCGAUUCUUUCUCGGUGAAAAAAACAGGUCCGGGGGCUUCAACCCCCCCCAGGCAGUUUUUUCCUAGCCUUCUCUUUUAGUUUCCCUUAGAACAGGGCCAAAUUUAUUAUCAUUAUUGUUAGUAUUAGGGAGGAAACGGUUCCCCAGUCCUCGGGGAGGAAAGGGUGGGGUUUGCCCCUGAGCAUAAGCAGAGUGCAUCCCACCUACUAUAAAAAAAACACACACACCCAGGCAAUUAUCAGUUUGAUAACCCUUGGGGAGGAAGGUGGGUAGCCCCUGAGCAUAAACAGAGUGCGUCCCACCCAGUUUCCAAAAAAACCCCUGGCAAUUAUCAAUUUCAUAACCCUUGGGGAGGAAGGUGGGGUAGCCCCUGAGCAUAAACAGAGUGCAUCUCACCCACUUUCCCAAAAAACAGGCAAGAAUCCAUUUCAUAACCUUUGGGGAGGAGGGUGUGGUAGCCUUUUAAACCCACUUUUAAAAAUAUAUUCAGGCAAGAAUCCGUUUCUCCAUCCUGGGGAGGAGUGGGCGGAAGUAGUCUCUGAGCACAGUCAGAGUAGUUCCAGCACAGAGAGAAAUAAAUCCUUUGGGAGCUGGUUUCUUUGCACCUGUUCCCGUCUUCAUGCUACCUGUACCUUGGGGGAACUGGAAGAAAAGGAGGGGUUGGGGCUGGGUUUAUACCCCCAAAACCUGUGUCCACUACGAAGCGCUCGGAGGUAGCUUCCUCUGAGCUCGUGCAGAGUGGCUGUCCCUUAUUCCUGAGCCCCCUGCCCAGGCUAUGAAUUAGGAGGAAACUUGAGCCCCUGCACUUAUUGGGAGCGGAGAGGCUUAGGUUAAACCACUCGGAUAAUCCCACAGCUGUUGGGGGCAGCUGGGGACAGAUCCUGUUUCCCUUUGACCAUCAUGAUCUCAAUACAGCGGCACCUCGGUCCUCAAACUUAAUCCGUUCCGGAAAUUCAGUUCCAAAACCAAAGCGUUCCAAAACCAAGGCGCUCUUUCCCAUAGAAAGCAAUGCAAAACGGAUCAAUCCGUUCCGGACUUUUAAAAACAACCCCUGAAACAGCAACUUAAUGUGAAUUUUACUAUCUAACCACACCAUCGACUCAUAAAAUGAAAGCAACAAUCAAUGUACUGCAGUCGCACAAUCGAUCCAUCAGUUCCACAGUCGCAAAAACAGAAAAAGAGCCACAAAAACGCAAAAUAAAUAGGAAAAACAGACAGAAAUUGGUGUAACACUCAAAUCGGAAGUGUUGGCACUCAAACUGGAGUACGUUCGGCUUCCGAAAAAUGUUUGCAAACUGGAACAUUUACUUCCAGGUUUGCAGUGUUCCAAGUUGUUUGAGUACCAAGGCGUUUGGGAACCAAGGUACCACUGUAUGGGUCUGAAUGAAUCCCCCUGCCCCAAAUUCCAAUAUAUCCCAGCAAUCCUUGCCCAAUAUUCACCCAAAAUAGUCUGUUUAAAAGUCUGGUUUUCAUGCCCAGGUGGCGUUUGUGGACUUUGAUAGGUGACAUGCAACAGCAGCGUCAGCGGGGCCUGACAUGCAACGGCAGGCAGGAUUCAUUGGUGACAUACUUUAUUUAUUUAGAAGCCUUGGUUGGGGGCGGGGGGAUCUCCAAGCGGUAUGCAACGUAAAAGAAAAACCGAAAGGAUCGUUGUGACAAAAAUAUAAAGCAGUGGUUGGAAAACAUUUAGAAGCAGAAAAAACUCAAAUACAACUUACUGGCUCCAUUUGUCCUGGAUCUUAUUAUUAUUGCAUUUGAGUUUUUUUUUCCCAGGGAAACCCCCAAAAUUGUUGAGUCCCCCCCCCCCCCAGGGAAACCCAAAAGAGCUUUUCUUUGUUUAACGCCCCAAAGGAAUGUGAUUUAUUGAUUGACAGACAUACGACAUAGGCCUGUCCCAAGGACUCCGUUACGGGGGAUUUCGAAAUCCACGCAACUUGCAGAGCUCUGGCAAACAGUUUUUAUCAGAUUUCGUGUGUCAAAGGAGGAAACUGCCAGAUUGCCAAUGCAAACAGGCUGCUUCCUCUUCUGUGUUUGUGCAGAGAAGGGAAAAAAUAAAAUCCCACGCUUCGGAGCCGAUAAAAUACUUCCUGGAAAUCACAUGCAAACACACAAAUAUAUAUCUUUCCUAAGUUCAGCAGAACUUAUUCCUGACGGCCUGACACGAAGAUGGCUUUUUCUUCCAUCUGGCUACCAGUUGUUUUGGGCCUCUUCGCUGCAGAUGGUGAGUCGGUUGCAAAAUCCUGCUUUCUCUCAUUUAUAAAUAUAUCUUAUUUAGGUAUUUAUUAUGUUGUUGUUUAGUCGUUUAGUCGUGUCCGACUCUUCGUGACCCCCUGGACCAGAGCACGCCAGGCCCUCCUGUCUUCCACUGCCUCCCGCAGUUUGGUCAAACUCAUGCUGGUAGCUUCAAGAACACUGUCCCACCAUCUCGUCCUCUGUCGUCCCCUUCUCCUUGUGCCCUCCAUCUUUCCCAACAUCAGGGUCUUUUCCAGGGAGUCUUCUCUUCUCAUGAGGUGGCCAAAGUCUUGGAGCCUCAGCUUCAGGAUCUGUCCUUCCAGUGAGCACUCAGGGCUGAUUUCCUUCCGAAUGGAGAGGUUGGAUCUUCUUGCAGUCCAUGGGACUCUCAAGAGUCUCCUCCAGCACCAGAAUUCAAAAGCAUCCAUUCUUCGGCCAUCAGCCUUCUUUAUGGUCCAGCUCUCACUUCCAUACAUCACUACUGGGAAAACCAUAGCUUGAACUAGACAGACCUUUGUUGGCAAGGUGAUGUCUCUGCUUUUUAAGACGCUGUCUAGGUUUGUCAUUGCUUUUCUCCCAAGAAGCAGGCGUCUUUUAAUUUCGUGACUGCUGUCACCAUCUGCAGUGAUCAUGGAGCCCAAGAAAGUAAAAUCUCUCACUGCUUCCAUUUCUUCUCCUUCUAUUUGCCAGGAGGUGAUGGGACCAGUGGCCAUGAUCUUCAAUUUUUUUGAUGUUGAGCUUCAGACCAUAUUUCGCGCUCUCCUCUUUCACCCUCAUUAAACGGUUCUUUAAUUCCUCCUCGCUUUCUGCCAUCAAGGUUGUGUCAUCUGCAUAUCUGAGGUUGUUGAUAUUUCUUCCGGCAAUCUUAAUUCCGGCUUGGGAUUCAUCCAGUCCAGCCUUUCGCAUGAUGAAUUCUGCAUAUAAGUUAAAUAAGCAGGGGGACAAUAUACAGCCUUGCCGUACUCCUUUCCCAAUUUUGAACCAAUCAGUUGUUCCAUAUCCAGUUCUAACUGUAGCUUCUUGUCCCACAUAGAGAUAGCCUGCCUUGUCCUGUCCAGGGAGUGAGACAUUUCCCUUUUCCCCCUCUGUUUUAACUUCACAACAACCCUGUGCGGUUGGUCAGAGAGAGAGGGAGAUGGACGCAAAGAGACUUUCGAACCCAGAACCUUGUCCAGCGCUCUAACCGCUAUGCUGCUUCGUGGUCCGACGCUGUUUCAGCGUCUUCCAAGGGACUUCAUAGACAACACAGGCUCUGGGAUGCGGAUUUUACAUAACAUCUGCAUAUGCUAAUCGAUGCAAAUAUAGGCCGACUUUCAGAGGUUGCUGGGUGACUCUUGCAAAUUAGGGUUUACCCUGAGAAUACGGGAUUUUCUGGGCUCCCAAUCGGGGCAGAUCCAUCCAAACUGUGCCGCCAUUCAUUUCAACAGGUCUAUACCUAGUAGAUUGUGCAAAAGCGCAAUUGCGUCUCAAUAUGCUGCCCUAUAAGCAAGUUUGUUCAAAAAGUGUGCAUGUUGGUUUGGGGGGGGGGCAGAUCUGCGGCUUGUCGGACCCCUGUGCUACUCCCCAAAAAACAACACCGGAACCUAGAAAUUGCUUUAUUCUGGCUUGCGUUCCCUUUCCUCUGCCCUCCUCCUCCCUCUUUCCUUUGAUGCUGUGCCUUUUUAAUAUUUUUUUAAUUUUAAAAAUAUUUUCUUUCCUGUUUUUCUAAUAGCAACAGUUUUUACAUGCAUACAGAUCAUUAGGUUGCCUACCCAUGAUCUAACCCUCUGUGCUCUUGCCUUCUCAGCAAGCCGCCCCAGAGGCCGUAUCCUGGGGGGCCGGGACGCCCCCCGGCGCCCGUACAUGGCCUCCCUCCAACUGAAUGGGCAGCACCUCUGCGGCGGCUUCCUCAUUGCUGAUGAAUGGGUGCUGAGCGCUGCCCAUUGCCUGGAGGAUGCGUAAGUAUUCCAAUUGUAGAAUUGUCAAGUCGGGAAGGGGACUCCGGGGGGUCAUCUAGCCUGACCCGCCGCAAUUCGGAUGCCCCGUACGGGAUUUGAACCCGCAACCUUGGCGUGAUCCCCGCACCGGGCUCUAAAUCAACAGAGCUGUCCCCUUGGAUCUCCCCGUUGGGUUUCGCUGCCCUGCCGAGCCAAUCCUUUCUGUCGCUUGGCGGAAGCAAUAGAUCCUGCGUGAAAUCAUUCCAAAUAAGUUAAUCGAGUGAAAAAAAUCAGGAGAGAAUAAUUAUAUACGAUUCAUAUAAAUUAUACGAAGAAGGUAGCUUCCUCAAAUUGUGACCUGCGUAGUCUAGAUCGAAAACUCCGCAGGUGAACAAAUUUAUCUCUCCACAAAGUUUAAAACGAUUACAGACAACCAAGAUAUGAGAUUCUAGGAACCGUAUUGUAGUCGAAGGAAGUCAAUCUUUUUUUCCUUUUUUGCAUUUAGAUAAAUGUUUUUCGUUUCGGACACAAAAGAUAUCCGAUAUCCAGCAUUGCAUUUCUCUUUAUAAACCCCAAUAAAAUUUAUUCAGGAAUUAUUCCGACCGUUCCCGAGGGACCCUGGACCUAAGUUGUUCAGGGCCUUGUAAAUAAAGUUUCCCAGAUUUUUUCCCAAUGAAUUUGGGGACACUUUUCAACUUCAAUAGGAAUGAUAGGGUUUUUCAUGGGGCCUGAUUUGUAAAUGAGUACCAACACCUCGAACCCGGCUCAAUAGUAAGGGAACAACCGGUGGGGCUUUUUCCGCAAUGGUGUCGGCGAUCUGGCCCCCCGAACCCGGCCCCAAGGGCAGCCCCACAAAGACCCCAUUGCAGAAGUCUAGCAUUUUGGCCCAGUAAUCUAAUGGUGGUUUUCCACGCAGGGGCAACGGGACUUUUGCGGUGCUCCUAGGGGCACGAUCGCUCUCUCUCCCUGAACCCCACAAGCGCCUAUACGGGGUCCGCCAGCUGGUCGCCCACCCCGGAAGCCACCGAGACACCAACCACGAUGACCUCUUGCUGGUACAGGUGAGUGAUGCUAGAUAAGGCUGCCCUUCAGAUGUCUUCUAAAAGUCAGAAAGUUGUCUAUUUCCUUGACAUCUGGCGGGAGGGCACCACCACCGAGAAGGCCCUCUACCUGGUUCCCUGUAACCUCACUAGGUCAGGCAGAGAGGCAGCGACUGGCCCAAAGUCACAGCCAGUGAGCUUCCGGGCCAAGGGGAGAUUUGAACCCGGGUCUCUCAGUUCCCAGUAAGUCACCCUAAUCCCUAAACAAUACUGGCUCUCUGAUUUUCCCAUCAGCCGCUUUGGGCGGCUUCCAGUUCAUAUAAAAACAGAAUAAAACUUCAAACAUUACAAGCUUCCCUAAACAGGGCUGCCUGCAGAUGUCUUCUAAAAGUCAGAUAGUUGUUUAUUUCCUUGACAUCUGACGGAAGGGGGCCACCACCGAGAAGGCCCUCUGCCUGGUUCCCUGUAACCUUACUUCUUGCAGGGAGGGAACCACCAGAAGGCCCUCGGGAGAGGGACCCCGGUGUCUGGGGUGGAGAUGCUCCUUCAGGUAUACUGGGCCAAGGCUGUUUAGGGCUUUCAAGGUCAGCACCAACACUUUGAAUUGUGUUCGGAAACGUCCUGGGAGCCAAUGUAGGUCUUUCAGGACCAGUGUGAUGUGGUCUCUAUGCUUGUUUAUGUUCUAUUUAACUGCAUUUUGCAUUUGUAAAAACCAGUAAAAAGGAUUUAAAUUGAAAAUAAAAUAGGAGGCAAAGCCAGGCUGGUUAGGGUAGCCCUAGCUGGAUCGCCUUGCCAUUUUGACUGCCCUUUCCCCGAAAAAUAUCUCUGUGACAAGGAAGCACGAAGUGCUGAUCUCUGAAAUCGAGAAGUUUGGAGGAGGGCAGUUUCAGGGAAUUCCCCCAAAGAGGUGGAAAAACGUUGAGCAACUGGUUCUCCAGAAAACAUGACGUUUCCAUUACGGGAAAUCCCUUCUGCAAAUAAGACGCAGGGUAUUCUGGCAAACGCCAGAAGUUUUGGACUAAUUGUGAGAGCGUGGCGCUGAAAAUGCCAAGGUUGGAGGAUGGAUGGCGGCUAACGGAUUGAGGUUGAAUCCUGACAAGACAGAAGGACUGUUUUGGGAUGACAGGGGGCGGGAGAGUGUGUGGGACUCCCUGGUCCUGAAUGGGGUAACUGUGCCCCCGAAGCACCAGGUGCGCAGCCUGGGGGUCAUUUUGGACUCACUGCUGUCCAUGGAUGCGCAGGUCAGUUCUGUGUCCAGGGCAGCUGCAUCUGGAACGCAGGAUGAGACCCUCCCUGCCCGCAGACUGUCUGGCCAGAGUGGUGCAUGCUCUGGUUAUCUCCCACUUCAACUACUGCCAUGCGCUCUCCGUGGGGCUGCCUUGGAAGCUGAUCCGGAAACUGCAAUUAAUCCAGAAUGCGGCAGCCAGACUGGGGACUGGGAGCGGCCGCCGGGACCACAUAACACCGGUCCUGAAAGACCUACAUUUGCUCCCAAUACGUUUCCAAGCACAAUUCAAAGUGUUGGUGCUGACCUUGAAAGCCCUAAAUGGCCCAGUAGACCUGAAGGAGCAUCUCCACCCCCAUCGUCCAGCCCGGACACCUGGGUCCAUCUCCUGAGGGCCUUCUGGCGGUUCCCUCCCUGUGAGAAGUGAGGCUACAGGGAACCAGGCAGAAGGCCUUCUCGGUGGUGGCGCCCUCCCAUCAGAUAUCAAGGAAAUAGACAACUGUCUGACUUUUAAAAGGCAUCUGAAGGCAGCCCUGUUUAGGGAAGCUUUUUAAUGUUUGACGUUUUAUCGUGUUUUUAAUAUUCGAUUGGGAGCCGCCCAGAGUGGCUGGGGAAACCCAGCCGGAUGGGCGGCGUAUAAAUAAUAAAUUAUUAUUAUUAUUAAAACCUCCUCUGUUUUCAAUCGUCUCUGCCAACCAGCUGGAAGAGGCGGCCUCCCUCAACCCGGACGUGCAAAAGCUGGCUUUCCAACGGCAAGGGAGGGACGUCCCCGAAGGGACCCUGUGCGAGGUGGCUGGCUGGGGCAUCACCCGCAACACGGGCAAGAGGCCGGACGUAUUGCAGUAUGUGGAGCUGGGGGUCAUCGGCCGAGCCAAAUGCAACCAGCGGAUUCACCACGACGGGGAGGUGACCGAGAAAAUGAUGUGUGCCGACUCCAAGAAAAAAGACUCCUGCAAGGUACUUUUUUUGCACAAGAGUUCCUCCUCUUCGCACGGGGCGCGAGAAGGAUUCGCAUGUACGCAACUUGCCUCGCCGCAUUGCAGGGUUUCCCCCCACUAAAUGACCCUCUGCAAAAUUAUUUACCGUAUUUUUCGCUCUAUAAGACGCACCAGACCACGAGACGCACCUAGUUUUUGGAGGAGGAAAACAAGAAAAAAAAUAUUCUGAAUCCCAGAAGCCAGAACAGCAAGAGGGAUCGCUGCGCAGUGAAAGCAGCAAUGCCUCUUGCUGUUCUGGCUUCUGGGAUAGCUGCGCAGCCUGCAUUCGCUCCAUAAGACGCACACACAUUUCCCCUUACUUUUUAGGAGGGGAAAAGUGAGUCUUAUAGAGCAAAAAAUACAGUAUUUAUUUUUUUGAAUGAAUCACCGCUUUUUCUUUGAUAGUUUUAGUUACGCCAACUUUUCGCUUUUAUCAUUGUUUAUUUUCCUUUUCCUUUCUUUCUCUCUUUCUAUUUCCAUUAUAUAGCACACUCUGUUCUAGAUAUCUUGACAAUUGGAUUACGUAUACUGUGAUAACGAUCUCUUAAGUCUAGAAGUAUCUAAUGCAAGAUUGGUUUGGUUUUUUUUGUAUGUCAUGUCUGUUUAAUAAAAUGUUAAUGAGAAAUCACCAUCAUCAUUGAGAAUCCUGGGAGUGCAGGCAUAAUUCGAACACAGGACUUGGCUUAUUAGCAUGGGUAGGCAAACUAAGACCCAGGGGCCGGAUCGGGCCCAAUCCCCUUCUCAAUGCAGCCCACGGACGGUCCGGGAAUCAGUGUGUUUUUACAUGAGUAGAAUGUGUCCUUUUAUUUCAAAUGCAUCUCUGAGUUAUUUGUGGGGCAUAGGAAUUCAUUCAUUUAUUUAUUUUCAAAAUAUAGUCCGGCCCCCCACAAGGUCUGAGGGACAGGGGACCGGCCCCCUGCUGGAAAAGUUUGCUGACCCCUGUAUUAGAACCUCUCUGUCUUAUCCGGAUUGAACUUCAGUUCAGGCAAGCAAGUCUGGGGAACUACCUGCCACUAGAGCAUGGGUAGGCAAACUUAGUCCCGGGGGCCGGAUCCGGCCCAAUCGCUUUCUCAAUCCGGCCCCCGGACGGUCCAGGAAUCAGCAUGUUUUUACAUGAGUAGAAUGUGUGCUUUUAUUUCAAAUGCAUCUCUGGGUUAUUUGUGGGGCCUGCCUGGUGUUUUUACAUGAGUAGAAUGUGUCCUUUUAUUUAAAAUGCAAUGGGUUAUUUGUGGGGCAUAGGAAUUGGUUCAUAUAUAUUUUUUUGUCCAGCCCCCCACAAGGUCCGAGGGACAGUGGACCGGCCCCCUGCUGAAAAAGUUUGCUGACCCCAGGCUCAUAGAGUAGUGGCAAAAAUCUGACGUUCUUGCUUUUUUUCUCACCCCUUUCUCCCAGGGAGAUUCGGGGGGGCCCUUCGUCUGCAACGGCGUCGCCGAAGCCGUCGUGUCCACCGGCUCACGAGUUUGCGGCAACUGGAAGAAACCCGGGAUUUACACCCGAACCGCUCCAUACGCCGGAUGGAUCGACAGUGUCUUGGCCAACGCAACCAGCGGAUCCCUCGCGGUCAUUUAAGCGCCAAUAGCUAGAGGAUCUCUCCUUGCCCCGCAAAUUUAAGAUGCAAAUAUUAGAAGAGUUUCUUCCAAAUUUAUUCUACAAAUAUCUCAAUAAUAAAAUGUCAUUGAUUGACUCUUCCAACUUUUCUUCCUUUUUCCUUUCUUGUUCUUUUUUAUAUAUGUGUGCUUAUCUGAAAUAUGUAUGUAUGUAUUUGCAAUAUUUUGUAAUAAUGAUGCUAAAU